AUGACGAUGAUCCCCUUUAUAUCGCUUUCAGAUAGCGCUUCCAAAGUCAACCGUUCAUGUGAGUGCGGAAUAGCAGGGAAAAAUCGGCGGAUUGUCGGUGGUACAACUGUACAACCACAUCAAUAUCCCUGGCUGGUAUCUCUCAUGUUGGGGCCAAAACUGCAUUGUGGAGGAGCUAUCAUUACCAAUCAACACAUAUUGACUGCCGGACAUUGUAUUACAUUUGGGGUUAGCUUCCACGAUUUAACAGUCAACAUUGGUAUGCAUGACCGCCUAGGCUCCUCUUUUAGUACGCUUAGAUUAAAGAAUGGAGUAAAACACCCCGUAUUCACUUCUAAUGCAGUUCGGGAUAUAAAUGAUAUUGCUGUUCUUACCUUGGAGAAAAAGUUGAAGUUUUCAGAGAAAGUCAGACCGAUUUGUUUGCCUUCUGAAGAUUUGGACUUUAAAAAUACGCCCUUGACUGUAGCGGGUUGGGGGAAAACCAGACAAGGGGCAUUGACGUCAUCACGAUAUUUGUUAGAAACCAAAGUCAAAUUGGUUGAUGGUGAAAAGUGCAGUAAAUCCGCCAUUUAUAAGGAUAAUCUAGUAAAGGAUACUAUGAUGUGUGCUUACAGUUUAGGAAAGGACGCAUGUCAAGGUGAUAGCGGUGGUCCCUUAUUUUCAACGCACAGCAAAACUCAUAAUAAGAAAUGGUAUCACGUAGGUAUUGUGUCUUGGGGAAUAGAUUGUGCGAAACCAGAUUAUCCAGGAGUAUACACCAUCGUCUCAAAAUAUGUUUCAUGGAUUAAACAGCAAACCAAAGACGGAAUGUAUUGUAUAUAA